GUGUCCUUUCCGUCAGUUUAACAUUAGCUUAUUUGGAGACGAGCCAAGCGCGACAGCUAACAAGUUUCUUUUUCGAAGUCAAACGCUUGAGGAAAGCGAGCGAGCGAGCAACGUGGGAGUUUGUCGAUCCGAUUGACUCUCUUCAGCGCUGUUGCGUGGACCUGUGCCUGGCCGGCUUGCUGUUGUUCCUGAGCGGGCUGCAGCAAGCAGAGGCAGCCGCCGCCGCCGCCGCCGCAGGGGCCGCCGCCGCCGCCGGAGCCCCCACAGUGGAGAUGGCCAACCUGAACUGGAAGCCGUUUAUCUACGGUGGAAUGGCUUCGAUCGUCGCCGAAUUUAGUAGGCACGUUCCCCAUCGAUCUGACAAAGACCCGGCUCCAGGUGCAGGGUCAGUCCCAGUACACGGAGGUGCGCUACAGAGGCAUGUUCCACGCCCUGUUCAGGAUCGGGAAAGAGGAGGGCGUCCGGGCGCUUUACUCAGGCAUCUCACCUGCCCUGUUGAGGCAAGCGUCUUACGGGACCAUCAAGAUCGGAACCUAUAACUCGCUGAAGAGGCUUUUUGUCACUCACCCAGAAGACGAGACCAUGGUCAUCAACGUCUUCUGCGGAGUGGUCUCCGGCGUCCUGUCGUCCUCGCUGGCCAAUCCCACAGACGUGCUCAAGAUCCGAAUGCAAGCGCAGGGCAGUUUGCUGCAAGGCAGCAUGAUGUCCAACUUCAUCAACAUCUACCAGACGGAAGGCACCAGAGGCCUGUGGCGAGGCGUCAUUCCCACGGCGCAGAGGGCCGCCAUCGUCGUCGGCGUUGAACUCCCCGUCUACGACAUCACAAAGAAGCACCUCCUCCGAUCCGGCGUCAUGGGCGACACCAUUUUGACACACUUCAUCUCCAGUUUCACGUGCGGCCUGGCAGGGGCGCUGGCCUCCAACCCCGUGGACGUGGUGCGCACACGCAUGAUGAACCAGCGCGUGCUGUCGGGGGCGCCCAUGUACAAAGGCACGCUGGACGGCGUGAUGCAGACGUGGAGGAACGAGGGCUUCUUUGCGCUCUACAAAGGCUUCUGGCCCAACUGGCUGCGGCUGGGCCCUUGGAACAUCAUCUUCUUCAUCACCUUCGAGCAGCUGAAGAAGCUCCCGUUGUAAGCGAGGAAGGCCAGUCGCAACGCCACCGAUCGGUCGGUCGGUCGGACUGUGUCGGCCGGGACGCAGAAGUACUGGCCGGCUUCGCGCUCUCCUCUACCAGCAUGGGCCGACCUCCCCGCACACUCAUCCGUCACCUCGUGUAUUUUUUCUUCUUCUUUAGUUUGCUCUUUCUUCACGGUUGAUUAUCGAUUCUGUUUUCGCCACAGUCAUGAGCACUGAGAGCAGGCAGCUACAUUUUAGCAGGAGAGUGAGUUAGAACCUGGUUACUGCCGCACACCAGGUGAGUUUGAAGCUCCAUUUUUCUUCCAAGGUGUUUUGGUCAUCCAAGUGACGCGCAUCCGCGAGCCUUGAAACGUCCUUCUCCGUGGCAAGGUGCCAUACUUGUAUGUUGUUGGCCGGAGAUGGGCAAAAAGCCCGACUGACGUCAAUCUGAGCCAAAGCCUUUUCUGUGGCACCGACACACACGUAUAUAGACUGAUGCGCUUCACAGCUCGAAAGGAGUGCCAAAAGUUGUUUUGCCUGCAUCAUCUAGUCUGUGGCUGUGACUGGUGCAGUGCAGACGUUGGGACGCAUUUGUCGUACCGAAACAUGGGCUCACUUUUCAUUGAAUGAUUUCACUUUGUCUUACACAAACGUGUGUGUAUGUGUGUGUGUGUAUUGUCAGAGUGUGGCGGCUUAUUUAAUGUGUUUUGUUUGAUGCUUAUUUAUUUUGGCGAGUUGCUUGACACUUGUAUUUAUUCCUCUCGUCGGAUCACAUGUCAAUCAAGGCGGCGUCUUUAUUUUUAUUUUUCCCCCAACACAAUUCCAACACAGUGAACACUCGCAGUUUUGCAAUCUGGCGCGUCACGUCAUCAUGGCCACUCAUUCAUUCCCUUAGACUUGCCUUUUGUUGCAUUGAAUAAGAGUACUGAAAUCUACUUGAUAGGUCCUCAAAUGGAUUUUAUAAAGGCCACACUCAAUUUAUGAAUAUUGCAACAGAGAGCGGGCGGGCGGGCGAGCGCUUCUUCGUUGGUGUUGGUUUUACUUUAGCGCUUGUCGAAGCGGAGGGAUUUUAUUUUUUGGUGGAAGUUUUGAAUGGGGGUUUGUUGUUUCUCAUCUGUUGUGAGUCAUUUAAUGGCUUCAAUCUAUGUACACGUACUGUACACUCCAAAUAAUAAUUAAAAGGAUUCAGUGGUA